GUUGUUGAAGGAGUAAUAUUUUUUUGUGUGUGUAGAAAAGGAUUGAGUCCUUAUUCUUUAUUACUCUUUUUUAUGUAUUUAUUUUGUAGGUGUUAUGGAAUCUUUCUGGUUCUUAGACCUUACAAGCAGUCGUUGUUUGACUUCCUGAAAAGUGCAGUUCAUCAUGAAGUUGGAGGUGCCUGAAACCUUUGAAGAUGUUGCUGUUGAGUUUUCAGGAGAGGAGUGGGAAAUGUUGAGUAAACCAGAGAAAGAGCUACACAAGGAGGUGAUGGUGCAGAACUAUGAGAACAUGAUUUCUGUAGGGUAUAACAUCCCAGUGGAUCAUCUUUGUUUAUAUAUUAAGAACUUUGAGACAGUUUCACCUUGUGACACCAAAGGAGGAAUGAUGCUGCAGCAAAUACUGGUUCCUGGCAUCAGAACCAGCAUCAUCAGGGCUGGAAAUUUCUGUGAGAUCCAGGGUCUGCAAUCAACCGAUGGAAGACACCAGGAUUCUGAAUGUGACACACUUCUUCCAGAUAAGAUGUCAGUCACGAGACAAGAUGCACUGCAGUCUGAAACCAGAACUGAUAACCCUAAGGAAAGUAAUGAGAGGUUUAUCAAAACAACUGAACAAGAAAUGCAUCUGCAAACUGAAGCAGGGAAAGUACCAUGCAGCUGGCCUAAUCACCGCAACAAUGUAACAUUUUGUAGUAACAACGUAACUGAUCAAGUAAGGCACAGAUGGAAAAAGCAGACGACCUUGGCACCAAAUGAGCAAGUGUUCAAUGAAAAGAAACUACAUAAAUGUGCCACAAAUGGCAAGGGUUUUACAGACCAACAAAAUGGAGGAGUAAGCAAGAUUAUUGCUACUGGGCAGCAGCCAUUUAAAUGCACCAUGUCUGACAAAAGUUUUACAGAAAAGUCUAAUGUGACAAAAGAUCAGUUUCCCCACAGUGAGAAAAGACGAUAUAAAUAUGCCACACAUCACAAGGACUUGAUCCCUAAUCAUUUGGCAGUGCUUAAGACUAUUGGCAAUAGACAGAAGCCAUACAAAUGUGCUACACGUGGCAAGAGUUUUACAGGAAAGGCUAGCAUAGCAAAGCAUCACAAUAUUCAGACUGUGAUCUCUCAAGAUAUUAAAAAAUCUAAACAUUUUGAAGAAAUUAAACAAAAGCAGAAACCCUACAAAGGUACUACAUGUGAUAAAAGUUGUAGAUACAAAGUCACUAUGUUAAAUCAGCAGGGCAUUCACACUGGGCAAAAGCCAUAUACAUGUAGUAUGUGUGACAAGAGUUUUAGUAACACAAACCACAUGAGACGUCAUCAGAGUACUCACAUGGAGAAGAAACCAUAUCCAUUCAUAAUCUGUGGCAAGAGCUUUGCACAGAAGUAUCACUUUGUGGCUCACCAGAGCAUCCACAGUGCAAUGAAACCAUACAAAUGCCCAGAGUGUGAUGAGAGUUUUUACUACGAAAGGACUGUAGUAAGUCUUCAGAGCACCCACACUGUUGAAAAACCCUAUAAAUGCAGUAUGUGUGACAAAAGCUUUGUGCACAGAGAGUCACUGUUAAGUCACCAGAGCAUCCACACUGGUCAGAAACCAUAUCAAUGCACCAUGUGUGACAAGAGCUUUAGAUACAGAAGUAGCAUGGCAGCUCAUAAGACACUCCAUUCUGGACAGAAGCCCUAUAAAUGCCCAGUGUGUGACAAGAGUUUUAGACAGAAGUAUCAGAUGACAGCACAUAUGUAUAUCCAUGGUGGGCAAAAACCCUAUAAAUGCCCAGUAUGUGACAAGGGUUUUACACGAAGGACUCAUAUGACAGCCCAUAUGUAUGUCCAUGGUGGGCAAAAACCCUAUAAAUGCUCAGUGUGUGACAGGAGUUUUGCACAGAGGAAUGCAAUAACAAGACAUAUGUAUGCCCAUGGUAGACAAAAACCCUAUAAAUGCGCAAUGUGUGACAAGAGGUUUAUAGAGAGGUCUCAGAUGAUAUCACAUAUGUAUGUCCAUGGUGGUCAAAGACCCUAUAAAUGUGUACUAUGUGAAAAGAGUUUUACACAAAGGUGUCGCAUGACAACGCAUAUGUAUAUACAUGGUGGGCAAAAACCCCAUAAAUGCCCAUUGUGUGAUAAGAGUUUUACACAGAAGAGUGAUGUGACAAGACAUAUGUAUACCCAUGGUGCGCAAAAACCCUAUAAAUGCACGGUGUGUGACAUGAGGUUUACAAGGAGGAGUUAUAUGACCACACAUAUGUAUAUCCAUGGUGGGCAAAAACCCUAUAAAUGCACAAUGUGUGGCAAAGGUUUUACACAGAAAAAUCGAAUGAUAAGUCAUCAGUAUAUACAUAAUGAACAGGCGCCCUAUAAAUGUGCCACAUGUGACAAGAGUUUUACAGAUAAGAGAAGCCUGGCAGUGCAUCAAAGAGUCCACAGUCAGUAGUGUACAUGCACCAUGUGUGGCAAAGGUUUUAUAAGAAAUAUGUCUGAAUGUGCAUCAAAGUGUCUACCGUGGUAGAUGUGAUAUAAAAGAACUUGAACAAAAGGGAGUGUGUAAAUAUUUGGGAGCUAAUGAAGGCUGAAUAAUAAAAUAUGAACAAAUGUGAAUGACACACAGUCUAAGGUAUAAACCAGUUUGCUCUUCAUGUCUUAGCUUACAAUUUUUGGGGAGAAUGACUGGUCCCAAAAGUGUUGAAUAGUUUGGACAGGAAAACAAGGAUUCUUCAUGCUCAUCUGAUGAUAUCAGUGUAUACCAAGACCAUAUAUUUCCCAUUCUGAAGGAGGUUUGGGCCUCCUUGAAACUGAUUACGU